AAACCCCGCGGUAUGUAGAGGCGGAGCGCGCAGUGACAGAGAGCCGGGCGGGGGUGAGCGGGGGGAGGCGGAGUCACGGCACUUCUGCCAGGGCCGCCAUUUUUGCACAGGGAAAAGAGACAGGAUUGAAGGGAUCCAGUUUCUAACUGUCGGCACAGAUACGGACAAAAUAAUCGGGCUUUAACAGACUCUAACUGUACUUUGGGAUUAGAGCACCACGAAGCGAAAUACAGGUGCGAAAUAGCGCGAUUUGUAAAGCUUUGUUGCACAUCCGCAGUGGAGAGCGAAGUAUUGUUUUGGUUGUGUGGUAACUGUUAGAUCAGGCGGCGGGGUCUCACCCGAGUCCCCCGUGUCUCUAUUCACAGUUAUUACAGUGGACAUCAACGGCCUUGUGGAUGCACUUAGAUGUGUGCAAUGAGUGCUGUGGCUGACAUGCCUCAGUGUUUUGGAUUGCUGUGUUCUGGACUCAGUAGGACAAGAGACUCCCAGCACAGCACGUCAUGAGCUUAGUCAUCCCAGUAGGGGUGGACACGGCAAACACCUCAUACCUGGACAUGGCUGCAGGCUCAGAACCAGAAUCUGUGGAAGCGAGCUCUGUGGUAGUUGAGAAGUCCAGCUACCCUCACCAGAUUUACAGCAGUAGCUCCCACCAAUCCCACGGCUACAUCGGUCUGCCUUACGCCGACCACAAUUAUGGGGCUCGACCCCCACCCACCCCGCCGGCAUCCCCGCCUCCCUCGGUGCUGAUCCGGCCGGGCGAGAGUUUGUUUGUGUCCGGGGGUCGGCCAGGCGAGAACUUGUUUGUGCCUGGCGGCCAGGACGAGGCGUCGCGUGGCACCACGCUCAGCACCUCGGAAGACGGCAGCUACGGUGCUGACAUCACACGCUGCAUUUGCGGCUUCACCCAUGACGAUGGCUACAUGAUCUGCUGCGACAAGUGCAGUGUGUGGCAGCACAUAGACUGCAUGGGGAUCGACCGGCAGCACAUUCCCGAGACCUACCUGUGUGAACGCUGUCAGCCACGCAUCCUGGACCGAGAGCACGCCAUCCUACUGCAAACCAGGAAGAGAGAGAACAUGUCUGACGGGGACACCAGUGCUACAGAAAGUGGAGAUGAGGUUCCACUAGAGUUGUACACAGCGUUUCAGCACACCCCUACCAGCAUCACACUCACGACAGCACGUCUCGGUAACAAACAGGCAGAUAAGAAACGAAAGAAGAGUGGAGAAAAGGAGCCCCCGGCUACAACCAGGGCCAAGAAGUCAUUCCGUGAAGGCUCUAGAAAAUCGUCUAGAGUAAAGGGCUCAGCUCCCGAGUGUGAGCCAACAGAUCCUCCCUCACUUUGGGAGAAUAAGAUGAAGUCGUGGAUGGAGCGCUAUGAGGAAGCCAGCAGUAACCAGUACAGUGAAGAAGUGCAGAUACUGCUAAGAGUAAAAGAAGCCAGAGAUGGCAAAACGCUGGCCUACAAUACACACACCGCAGCCUUCAAACCACCUGUUGAGAGUCACGUACAGAAGAACAAGCGCAUUCUUAAGGCUGUUCGGGAUUUGGCUGCCGAUUCGCUCAUAAUCGAGUACAGGGGGAAAGUCAUGCUACGACAGCAAUUUGAGGCCAAUGGUUACUUCUUUAAGAGGCCGUACCCUUUUGUAUUGUUCUACUCUAAGUUUGACGGGUUGGAAAUGUGCGUGGACGCACGGAGUUUCGGCAACGAGGCCCGAUUCAUUCGUCGCUCCUGCACCCCCAACGCUGAGGUGCGCCACGUAAUCGAGGACGGCAUGCUGCAUUUAUACAUUUACUCUCUGAGGUCCAUCUCCAAAGGGAGUGAGAUCACCAUUGGCUUUGAUUAUGACUACGGCAGCUGUAAAUAUAAGGUGGACUGUGCGUGUGUGAAAGGCAAUCAGGAAUGCCCUGUGCUCAAGCAUAACAUGGAACCCACAGAGAAUCUGGGCUCUAGCACACGACGGCGUGGCCGCAAGGACAAAGAACCGUCGCAGGACGAGAGCGGACAGAAUCAGAACCUCACUAUGGACUGUGACGGGCCCAAGGGGAAAUCGCUCAAUGACGGCAAACAGAGAAAACUCUCUCCACUCCGGCUUUCCAUAUCUAACAAUCAGGAUCCUGAGUUAAUAGAGGAUCUAGAAGAGAAAACCUCCGUUAGCAAUGAAGUAGAGAUGGAGUCAGAGGAGCAGAUUGCAGAAAGGAGGAGGAAGAUGGGCGGCCCGGCAGAGGAGUCCCAUCGUCACGGCGCAGGGGCUUCCUGCUGCAGAGCUCUGAGAAACAAGGAGACACGUGAAGAGAGGAAGAUGGAGGCCAUUCUGCAGGCAUUUGCUCGUAUGGAGAAAAGAGAAAAGCGGAGGGAGCAAGCGUUAGAAAGGAUCGGCACCAAAGGGGAAGUUGGUGGACGCAUCGAGAUUAAGGAAGAGCCUCCUGCUACACCAGAGGCUGAAUCUCCUGUCCUUUUACAGCCCAUGAUAGAGGUAGUGAAGGAGGAGCCUUGUCUGAAGCCAGCAAAGGUGAGCCGGAACAAACAGAGGAAAAGCUUCUCGCGGAACCGCACACACAUAGGACAGCAGAGGCGGAGAGCGCGAACGGUCAGCACCUGCUCUGACUUGCCGCCCAGUUCCCCUGGUGACGCUUUAGAGCCCUUAACAACAGAGACUCAUGAUGGAGAGACGCCCUCUGCCCCUGAGGCUGAUGCUUCACCAUCACAUGACCCUGACACCAGCCCACCCCACAGCGGCUCACCUGCCCCGCCUUGCCGCAGUGGACAGAAGUACCCCAAAACUAAAAAGCAGCACUUAGUGAGCGAGUGGAUGGGUGUUGACAAACAGGAGCGGGGAGCUUCUCGGACUCCGGAGCCUCCACCUGAGAGGCCGUUGCGGAUCAGUAGUGAUCCUGAGGUCUUGGCCACACAGCUGAACUCUCUACCGGGCAUGGCCUGCAGUUCACACGUCUACAGCACGCCUAAACACUACGUCCGCUUCUCCUCUCCUUUUCUGGCCAACCGUAGCCCCAGCACUCUGGGAGUGCCCACGGGGCGGCGGCGCUCAAGAGAAAUGCCUGAAACAUCACCUACCACUGGUUCCUGCAAGAAGCGCUGGCUGAAGCAAGCUUUAGAAGAGGAGGGCUCCACCAGCCCAGGUGAAGGACGCCCUUCUCUGCUGAUGCCUAGUGAUAGCCCUCUCAGCCCCUCUAUAAACGGCGAGUCCCACAGCCCUUUACCUCUCAACGGCAGUUGCUCACUACCAGAAUUGCCUACCCCGUUGAAGAAAAGGCGCUUAUGUUCACUCGAUCCCUGUAUGUCAGAGACUUCCACCCCAUACGGGUCUCCUUGUGCCACCCCAACCCGAACAGAGUCAACAGAAGCACCAGGCACGCCACUGCUGCUUGCAACGCCUCCUCGACCACGACCAGAGGAACUCAGUACUGAGCCCUCAACACCCUUGCAGAUUCCCAACCACCCUCUGCCACAAGAGAGCGACUCGUCUAUGGACAGUUCUCCAGAUGUUAGCCGAAGGCCCAGUACACAAGACGUUGAACGACCUCCUUCGCUGUUGGCAUCUCCCAGCGUGAGAAAUGCAGGCUCUGAUACGGCCCCACAGGAUCUGGGGUCUCCGAGUCCUCAGCCCUCCCAUGCUGAGCCCCAGGAUGCCGCGGUAGAUGAAGGCAUGGAGAUUGACGGUGGAGGUUCAGAAGUUGCCUCUGCACCCGAGACACCAGCCUCCUCUUACCCUCCCUGGAUGAAGAGUCCAGACCGAGGUGGCCUCUCGUUUUCCCCAGUGAACUCUAAUCUGAGAGAUCUCACCCCUUCUCACACCUUAGAGAUGGGGGCAUACAGGCCAGAUUCAACCUCCGCUGGCCCCUUCAGUGAGGCGGCGCCCUUCUAUUCCUGUAAUGAGGAGAGCAGCAGCGUGACCUUUACUCGCUCACUGAGUGGUGAUGGCACAGGGGAGGGAGGAGCUGCAAAGAACCCACAGAAGAAAAAGGUGUCUCUUCUGGAGUACAGGAAACGUCAGCGUGAGGCACGGCGAAGUGGCUCCAAGGGAGAGUGUAGCUCCCCUGUUUUCACGGCACCACCAGUAGAUGUAUUCCCUGUCGCAGUGGAAGUGAUCCCUGAGCCACCUGUUCUCACAGCAACGCCAACCCCCAGGACUCCUCAGAACAGCGAGGAGCCAGACGCCCCACCUCAGGGGGAGAGAGAUGGAGAAGGGCAGUGGACAUCUUCAACGUCAGUAGAGCAGGCCAGGGAACGAAACUACCACAGGGCCUUGUUGUUGAGUGACCAUCGCAAGGAUGCAGACAGUGGAGAGUCAGAGGGUGGCGACUCCCAGGUGAAGGAAUGUCCUUCUCCCAAGAGCUGCAAGAGCCCCUCGACACAUGCACCUUGUUCUCCAGCACCCCAGACUGUGUCUCGACCAUCCAAAGAGGAAGAUGGUGAAGCACAGCCUUGUGGUCCUUCUCAGCCUCAGGCACUGUCCGUCCAGCAGUCCAGCACCAAGACUUCGAGCUCCAAACCAGCCACUCUGACGCCCAGCAAGCUUCACUGCGGACCCUCGCAGAGUCACUACGCUGGACCUUCACUCAUGCACUCACCCAAAGCGCAACCUCAAGGUUCACCUUACCGCGGGCAGCGAGCCUUCCUGACAGCUCAGCCUCAGAACCAGCCUCAACCCCAGACUACGUCUGGCCCAGCUACUUUCCCUCAGUAUAACCCCCAAAAUGCCCCACCGCCACCACCCCCUCCACCCCCAGCUCCACCCACUCCUCCACCACCGCCUCCCCAACAAACUCCUCCCACACAGACCCCGCCCAAUCCGAGCGUCUCACAGAUCGCUGGUGGUAACCGAGGACCUACCCCUUCGUCCGCCCCCUUUCACAGUACCGGAUACUUGGGCACAGGAUGGCACUGACCACACCCACUUAAUACCCGCCCCCUAAACAAACUUGCUCAGUGGGGCAGAGCUACAUUGUGUAACAUAGACAACACAGCACCACUGUAAAUAUUUUCUAUGUACCUUUUCACAAAGGCUAAUGGAAACCAGUGGGUGAAAAGGGUACAUUUUAAAAAGAAAAACGAGAAAUGCAGAACUGUAUCAGUAGACUUUGUGUAAAAGAUGAUUGUUAAUGAACCCUGGUGCUCAUCACUUACCCAGAAUCCCCCACACCUCUCUCCUUCCCAUAACCUUGUACUGCCAUCCUGUCUUUUCCAGACGUCGUUUUUUACUUUUAAUGUUUUUAUUCAUUUUAAUCGCCCUUUCCGGUCUCUUCCCGUUGAAUCCUUCCUCUAUCCUCCCAGUGCAGUGCAAUGCAAUGGGACAUUCCAGUUUCCUCCUUACCUUUCCCUGUUCUUCCUGUUUCUCACUGUUUUUUCUCUCAUUAGUUAUUUGUUUUAUCUAGUGGCUCAAUAUAUAGCAAAAAGGUUUUGUAUAGAGAAAAAAAAUACAGAAUUAUUAUUUUUUUUAUUCCUCCAUGUAACAAAAAUAUCUGUGCACCGCUGCAGAAAUUCAGAGGAGACCUUUCUGAUAGGCCGCUUCACUGCCCCAGGAGACUGCACUUGUGUGAAUGAGCGAGUCUGUGUGCAUUGAGUGUCUGUUUUUAAGCGGAAGGGAGCGUGUAUGCUUGCGUGCCGCCCGCAUCCGUGUGCAUAUUUGAAGUGCGCAUGAGAGACGGAAAGCAAAUACGGCGCAGACAGAUGUGUGCUGUUCUCUGUGGCAGCUUUAGAAAGAGAGGUCCUUCCUGUAGGGGUAAGCGGUUUAUUUUUGAAUAUCAAUGGUUAUUUGUAGAAAGUGUAAUUUAAUGUAUAGGUGGUUACUCCAGCUUUCUCCAGAAACAGUUGUAAAUAUUGGCUUCUUUUCUUUUCUAUGCUUGUAUAAUUCGCUCCCAUCCCCAUUUUGGAAUAUGGUUGUAAAUACAAGCGCUCUUGACAAAAACGCUGAAUGUUUCUGUGACUGUAGCACUAUUUUUAUUUCUUCCUCUGUUUUUUUUUUUUUUUACUGUUUGUGUGUGAGUGUGUGUGUGUGUGUGUGUGAAGGACAGAGGCUCACAAGACACAGCACUGGUUGGCUAUUUUCAUGGUUCAUUAUAAUAAAUCACUGUAAUGACAGUUUUAUACCAA